GACCAUAUGGAGCUUACCAGUUCGAAAACCACCAUUUCAUCCCCCAAAAUAUCCAGGUCUCCCAGCAGAUCCACAGAUAAACCAAACCCCCGUCAGUUCUUGAUGUGAUCAUUUCAGAAUCAACACUUUCUCUUCCGAAAUCGCCUACACACCAACAAAAUCUCCUAAUCUCGAGCUUUGCUUUCAUUUUUCUGUCCUUUGAGUGCGCAGAUUUGGAUCACUUACAAGUUGUUCUCUGGUCCUUCGAAGCGCAGAAACUUCGUUCCUUUUCCGGCUGUUUUGAUCCAAUAAUUUCCCCUGAAAUCCACGAAUUGUUCUCUCCAAAGCUGAGCUUUUCGAGUUUUUCCAUUGCUUGGGGCGUAAAAUCCCUCAAGCUGGCGAAUCUGGCGCGUCCAUGGACCUGCCCGAGAGCUCUGUCUCCCAUGCCGCGGCUCAGACCGAGCCGACCACGCGCCGUCUUGGCGCGCGCGGCCUCGUUGACCGCGAGGAAUUUGUGCGGCUUAUCGCACAAUCUCUGUACUCGCUGGGUUACAGGAAGACGGCCGCCACGCUCGAGGCGGAGUCCGGUGUGCCACUGUAUCCCCCGGAGCACGACCGCCUCCUGUUCGACGUAAUGUCUGGUCGCUGGGACGCAUGCACAGCAGUUAUUGACUCGCUUGCCGGCAUUAGCGACAGGAACCGUGCGGUUGCGGAGUUUUUGGUGUGGAGAGGGCACUUCUUGGAGCUGCUGGGGAUUGGAGAUGAUGGGGUACGUCUUGCGACGGAGGUUCUCUGGCGCCGGAUAGCCCCUCUUGGCAUUGACAGAAGAUGCGUGCACUGGCUGGCACGUGCAAUUGUCUCGUGCGAGGGGGCGGUUGCGCCAGAUGCUGUGGCUGAAUGGAGGAUUGGCCUUUUCUUGGAUUUGGUCGAGGCGUUGCCGCCAUGGUUACGCGUGCCAAGCGGGCGGCUUGAGCAUUUGGUGGAGACUGCAGUUAUUCAGCAGGUUGCUUCGUGUAUAUUUCAUAAUCUGCCGGAUGAGGUCACUCUAUUUGAGGAUCACAAGUGCCUUGAAGAGCAGAUCCCUUCCGAGUGUGCGCAGAUAUUAUGUGCUCAUAAGAAUGAAGUGUGGUUUGUAAGAUUCUCAAAUGAUGGAAACUACCUGGCAUCGUCUUCAAGUGAUUGCACGGCCAUCAUAUGGAAGGUGGAAGAAGAUGAUACAUUAACCAAGAAGUACUGCCUCGAGGGUCACAAAAAACCUAUUUCUUUUGUUGUGUGGAGCCCAAAUGAUAGAAUGCUGCUCACAUGUGGUAAUGGGGAAUCUUUAAAACUGUGGAAUGUUAAGACUGGUGAAUGCUGCCAUAAAUUUGGAGCUUCAGUGGACCGCAUCAUCGCUUCAUGUGCAUGGUUUCCAAAUUCAGAGAAAAUAGUAUGUGCCAGCUCUGAACCUGAAAGUUCUCCAAAUGUGAUCUUCACUUGUGACCUAGAAGGUCAAGAACUGGAAGUGUGGGCUGGAGAGAGAAUACCUAAAGUCAGUGAUCUUGCUGUGACACCUGAUGGCCAACAUUUAAUCUGUGUAUGUCCUAAUGAAAUCUGGAUCCGAGAACUUCGGAAGGGGCGGGAAUGGAAAAUUCCUGAGCGGGAGAUGAUUUCAUCUCUUUGUGUCUCAGGUGAUGGACAGUCAAUGAUUGUCAACCUUAAUAGCCAGGAAAUUCAUUUGUGGAAAACCAAUGGAAGUUCUAGCGUGCCAGAUAAAUUCAAGGGGCACAAGCAAGGAAAAUUUGUGAUUAGAUCUUGCUUUGGGGGAUCAGACUCUCUGUUCAUUGCUAGUGGCAGUGAGGAUUCACAGGUCUACAUUUGGAAACGAUGCAUGGAGAUGCCAAUAAAAGUCUUGCACGGCCAUUCGAUGACUGUAAAUUGUGUAAGCUGGAACCCUACCAGGCCCCAGAUGUUGGCCUCCGCAAGUGACGACUGUACUGUUCGAAUAUGGCUAGCGCACAAAGCUCACAAUUUGACUUGAAAAGUUUUGUAUGUUUCCCUGUAAAUAGUUGUACAUUUGUACUGUAUGCACAAACUAGUACAGGAUCUUUUCUCCUCCCUCUAAAGAGCUUUAAGGUACUUCAGAGGUAAACUAUGAGCAGCCACAAAUAGCAGGACAAGUUAUCUGUGCCAUAUCGGUUGAAGUUUUGACAGCCACUCUGUAAGAAUCAUCGCAGAUGCAUCAGAAAUUUGUACAUGUGUAUGUACGCCUUAUGCCUGUGCAGUUAAUGCUGUCAAACCUGCUUUGUUCUA